AUGUCAUGACGUUUUUUUUUUACUUCUUCCCCGACUUAAAUGCACCAGUUAAUCAAUUGUAUUAAAUACAGGAGCGAGUGGAUAUAAAACCUGGAAUAGACACGACAUUUAGAUAUUUUAAUCGGAUCAAUAAAGAUUUUUGAUCUUUAAUGAAAGGUUAAAUUUGUGACACGAUUACCGUACUUUACCAGUUUAAUCAGUCUUAUCAGCCGUGAAGCUGUGAGGUGCCGAGUGCAGGAAAAACAAUAUGCCAGGCUAGAGAUAAAAACCGUAACUUUCAUCUCACAAAUCAGGAUAAUUUAUCAGAUGGCCAACAUGUACGACCAUUUAUUACGUAACAACACCACGAAUCGGCUGCAGGCGGAUUUACGUUCUACAAUGAGGGCUUACAACUAUGAUAAGGAAAGACUUAGUCAUAAUCUCUCUAGCUUACAUAGCACUGACAGAAUGUCAAUAGCCUCAUCCAUGGAUCUGUCUUCAAACACGAGCGUGACUCUAACACCGCGGAAAUUUUAUCGUGCACCAAACUUGGCUGCUGGCAGCAACAGCAGUGGCGGAAGUUUUAAGUCUGGUGCAACCGACAAGAAAUGGAAAGACCGGAAAGAACAUGCUGAUAAGAUGAAGAAAGAAAAAGAUCUGUUGAAGUUACCAGUGAUUCAUUCCGCGAGUUCAAAAAGAUCUGAAUGGGAUUCUGGGAAAUUCUUACAAGCUACAUCUGAGAAACAAAGACCGUUUUCUGGUCUUGAACCUCUGCCUGGCAUAAACGCUGCACGUGCUCUGCUAGCAGAAAGUAUGAAAAUUCCCAGUAUUUACGAUCCUCAGAGAAUGGACACGGCAAUUGACACAAAUAAGUCUAAGAAAGGUGUGAAAAAAGUGACAUUUGCUGAUGAAAAUCAUGGAUCGCUUCUUACAAUAAGUCAAAUAGACACGAACAGAUCGGAAGCUAAUCGCGAGUCAAAAAACUUCGAAGGAAAAGGUUCAGUUCCCAGACUGAACCUAAAAUCCAACCAAUUUUUACAUAUGUCAAGACCAGUGCGCCCCAAAAAAACUUCCGUUUUACCCCCGUUACAAAUCUCGCCAAGCGAAGUGCGAAACAAUCCUCAUAAGAUCACAACAGGAGUCAACGAAUGGAAAUCUAUUUAUAGCAACAUGGUGAACCAGGAACAAAAAACAAAGGCACUGGCAGACAUAUUUAGUGCUCUACGUUUGAAGAAAUAUGAAAAUGAACAGGCUAUGAAAUAUGGAAAUUCACCAAGGCCGCAGGAAAAAGAUGAAAUUAUCAAAGAAUUCUUGUCAAUGAAUGUUACUGAAAGAGUUGCGUACAAAGAUGAAAAUGGUCAUACAAGAAAGGGCCUUGUUCCUACACCGAGGAGUAACUCGGUAUCUCGGCUAUCUAACGGACACCCAAACACCGUCGAGUUACAGAAAUAUCUGCAACAAAUGUCAAGGUCACGGAAGAUCAUGGAGCAUUUACAUGACCAACAGGCGUCUCGUGUCUCACAACACACCCUUCAUCAAACAGCCACGCCCAUAUCCGUGAAGGGCUGAUACAAACAUUAUAAGAUAUAAACUGCUUAUUCCAAACACUUCAAAUCGGACAUGUGAAAGAACAAAGUAAUAAGAGAAUUCAAUUGAAAAUGGUUUGGAAGAAAUGAACCAGAUAUAUAUUUGUAGAACAAAACAAUGUUUUAUAUGGAUUUUAAUCGAGUUUCAGUGUAAUUGUGUUCAUGAUAAAAACUAUCAUUAAAACUGUUUAAAAUCUAAGAUUUCAUAUAAAUCCAGGAUUUUUAUGGAUAAUUUUGGAUUUUUGUGUAAUAUCUUAGAUUUCAUGUGUAAAUCUGGGAUUUUGUGU